UUCACGGCGUUGGCUCGCAGGGCGCAUUCUUCGCUGCCUCGGCCGCGCGAUGUAUUUGGUUUUGGGGGCCUCUGGUGAGGUGCGUCGGCAUCUCAAUCAGCUGCGCCUCUGUCGUCGCACGGGUUCUGCCACUCCCCGUCUGCUUUCAGCGACGGUGCCGUCCGGUCAGCGCCCUGGGGACCCAUCUACUGGCUCGCCUCAUCCCCAGGUGUUACCGACGAUGCCUUCCAUUUUGCCCCAUGGCGACGUGCCGCCGCAGCCGCAGCCGCCGCCGCUGCCACCUGUUCUCCCGCCGGCGCCGCCCGCAUUCGACGCUUGCAGAUUGCUAAUGCAGUCUGUGUGCAUCGUGGGGGCUGGGGCUGCUGGUUUGUGUGCAGCAAGACUUCUGAGUCCAACUCCUCACUUCAAGGUAGUGGUUUUUGAGCAGUCUGCAAUGCUUAGUGGCACUUGGCGCUACAAUGACGACCCAACUGUGGAUCCACAUUCCAGAAUGUACUGCAACCUAAGAAUGUCAGUGGCCACUAGGACAUGACCACCAAAAACAUGCAACAGGCACUGAAGAUCAUGCAGCAGGCAAAUGAACUGACGAUGAAUAAGAUGGCUGCCAUAAGCAAGUCACCUGAGGUCUCCAACAGAUUGUGUUGCAUUGACUCUGUGGUGAAGUUCACAGAAAUAGUUAAACAUCGACUCUCACCAGCUACGAAGGUUUGAUUUCUCUUUGCCAUGUUCUUUGGAGCAUCAAGC